AAUGCAGAAAGGGAGAGAUGAGAAAGAAGGAAAGAGAGAGAGUGUGUGUGUGUGUGGAAGAGUCGUUAUCAAUAUGCAUAAAGCUUUGGCAAGAUUUGGGCUUGUUCAUAUCGCUGCAACCAACCUUUGUGUUUGGUUGCUUUGUACUAUACAUGAAACGGAUGAGGAUUGGCGCUAUAAUGAGGCAACUCAAAAAUAUAACGUUGUCGAGUCAGCAUCGACGCCAAAACCUGCUGGCAUUGGUGCUAAGAACUCGGGUGAUUCGCCUAAAGAAGAUGUUGUCUGCUACGUGACAACAACUCUGGCAAGGAAUACGGCUCCCUUCCUAUUCCCCUGCACUGCCCAAUACAGCUUAAUCGCUUUGGCUAUGAUAUACAAAAUUUAUUGUAGCGUCGGUAAGCUUCACAGACCGAGACAUCAGACUGAAACAGAUCCUAGAAGUUUAUCAAAUCCGACAGAAUGCCACAAAGCGAAUAAGGGUCUUUUCUUAGGCUUAUUUAUAGCGAUACUAACCCUAAUUUCUAUGAGCUGUUUCUUCGUCUUUGACAAAAAGCUCAACAAUGCUAAAUCGGCUGCUUUCAUCUUUUACAUAACGGAAACGACUUUAUUGUCCUUGUGCGCAGGUGUCGUCGUUGUUGCCUUUUUCAAACUCCAACAGUUAAGGUUUCUUGGGCUGGAAGAGGCUAGCUUUGAGAGUCUUCUCUUGGUUAUUAGUUUAUCCGGUUUAUGCAUGUACAACAUAUUCCUUGUUGUUUCUUCGAUUGCGACUGUAUCCCAAUUUGGCGUCCUAUCGGGAUUAAGUCUAAUAUCGUCGUUACUGGCUUUCGUCGAGGCGGCGUUACAAAGUGUCUUUAUACUCGACGGCAUGAGAAGGUGUGCAGCUAAUGAUGGUCAAGUAAUGAUGAAGCCUGGGAGAGCUUUGGUUACUUUUCUGCUACUAGUUAACCUGUGCUUAUGGGUUCUUAAUGCUUUUGAGGCGAGAAAGGCUGACUCAAUGCCCGCUCACACUCAAUACUAUGGCUUUUUAGCUUGGUCCAUAAUAUCUCAUAUUUGUAUACCUAUGAUAAUAUUCUUCCGCUUCCAUUCGGCUGUUUGCCUUUCUGAUAUAUGGACAAACGCCUAUGUUAUUAAGAGGAAGGAACUCUGA